AUGGAAGGAUACUUCAAAUCCAUUAAAGGAAUCGCUGACAACCUUGCUCUAGCAGGACACUCUGUUAGCCUGAAAGAUCUCACUUUUCAAGUUCUUGCUGGCUUAGACUCCUCUGAAUAUAACCCACUCUUUGGUGAAGUUGAAGAAGAUGAUCUAGGAGGCAGAGUGUUGAUUACUCAGCUGGAAUACAAGUCUCCCAGCUGCGAUAGCACUGCUACUUACACUUCUGGCAGUGCUUAUGAGCGAAAUCUGAACCUGACUCUUGCUUCACUUGCAGCAAAUGCUUCGCAGACUGGCUACUUCGAGACCUCAGAGGGCGAGAACCUUGACACAGUUUAUGGACUCAUCCAGUGCAGAGGAGACAUCUCUAAGGAAGUCUGUGAAGCCUGUGCAGCUGCUGCAGCUGUAGAAAUUCACCAACUUUGUCCUUUCAAGAUGGAAGCUUUUCUUGGUUGUGGUCCUUGUUGGCUACACUACUCAUACUGGAGAUUCUUCUCUACUGCCAGUAGUCAACCAACUUUUGUCUUCUUAAACACCCAGAAUGUAUCCGACCCAGUUGUUUUUAAUCGUCAACUGGUCUCAUUACUAGGGAAUCUGUCGUCCGAAGCUGUUUUGAGUCCUUCCAAAUUUGAUUCAGGUAUCAUUCCUUACACACAGUUUACCAACAUAAGUGCUGUAGUACAGUGUACAAGAGAUUUAGAAGAAGAUGGCUGCCAGAGUUGCCUUCAAGACAUUACUGCUGUUAUUCCAUGUUGCAAUGGACCAGAAGGUGGUCAGGUGUUCUGUCCAAGUUGCUUUCUUCGUUUUGAGAUAUACUCCUUCUUUCAAUUGUCAUCUCCUCCUCCAUCUACUCCAGUUCUUAGGCCUCAAUCACCUAAUUCGACACCCACUCCCACAAGUAAGAAGAAAGGCUCCAAAAACAUAAUUAUUGUGGCCAUAUCUGUAGCUACUGGGCUUCUGUUAGUGGUCAUGGCAAUGAUCUGCUGUAUCUUCUUCCGAAGAAAGAUGAAGACGGAAAGAGCAGCUGGUGAUGUCAUUGUUAAUGAAGAGGGUGAGAAAAGCAUGGAGUCGCUGUUGAUUGGACUAACUACGCUUAAAGCUGCAACUGAAAAUUUCUCUGAUUCAAAUAAACUCGCGGAAGGUGGUUUUGGUCCAGUUUAUAAGGGAAAAUUGCAUAAUGGGAAGCAAAUUGCAGUUAAAAGGCUGUCAAGUAGAUCAGGGCAAGGCGUAGAAGAGCUGAAAACUGAAGUAAUGUUGGUCGCUAAAAUGCUGCACCGUAACCUUGUAAAGCUGUUGGGCUUCUGCAUAGAAGAAGAAGAGAAGCUCCUAGUUUAUGAAUACCUUUCUAAUGGCAGCCUGGACAAAAUUCUAUUUGAUGAAAGCAGGGAGCUUAGUCUAGAAUGGGAGAGACGAUACAAAAUCAUUGUUGGAAUUGCGAGAGGCCUGCUUUAUCUCCAUGAAGAUUCUCAGCUCAGGGUGAUUCACCGAGAUUUGAAAGCCAGCAACAUUCUUUUAGAUGAACACAUGAACCCAAAAAUUUCCGAUUUUGGCUUGGCUAGAUUAUUCGACGAAAACCAGACUCAAGCCAACACACAGCGAAUUGCUGGGACAUAUGGAUAUAUGGCACCGGAGUAUAUUAAGAAAGGACAGUUCUCAACAAAAUCUGAUGUGUACUGCUUUGGAAUCUUGGUUUUGGAAAUCAUUUCUGGGCGAAAAAACUCCAGUUCUUGUGAUUCAAUAAACCUUCAAAGUCGGGCAUGGCAACACUGGGCAAAUGGAACAGCUUUGGACCUGCUAGACCCAGCCAUAGACGGCGAAUGUUCAAGAGAUGAAGUUAUCAAGUGCAUUCAAAUUGGUUUACUGUGUGUUCAAGAAGCUCCGGUUGAUAGGCCUACAAUGUCACAUAUAAUUACCAUGCUGAGUAGUCAGACCAUUUCCUCUCCAGCUCCUUCACACCCUGCGUUUUUCGCAUCUGCGCCAGAUUUAAGAGCAGAAAAUUCCACCACCAGGUGA